AUGCCUAGGAGGGGAACAGAUUCUGGCGAUAGCGCCGAGUCGCAGCUGCAGGAACUCUAUAAGAUGGGGGCGGAGCUGCAGCAGCAACAGGAGGUCUUGCUGCACCAGCUCAACAAGAUAGGACAGGCAAAACACCGAAGCCUUUUAGCCUCUAAGGCCGCAGAAGCUGCCCUCGAAUACAUGCGAGAAGCUAAGCCCGAGGCCCGUGUAUACAAACAAAUCGCCAGACUGUAA